AUGGCUGCUGUUAAAACUUUUGAAUUAAGAACCAAGUCUAAGGAACAAUUAGAACAACAAUUGGUUGAAUUAAAGCAAGAAUUGGCCACCUUAAAGGUCCAAAAGUUGCAAAGACCAUCUUUACCAAAGAUCCACACCGUCAGAAAGAACAUUGCUCGUGUAUUGACUGUUAUUAACUUGACUCAAAGAGAAAAUGUUAAGGCUUUCUACGCUGGUAAGAAGUACCAACCAAAGGACUUAAGAGCCAAGAAGACCAGAGCUAUCAGAAGAAGAUUAACUAAAUUCGAAGCUAACAAGGAAACCGAAAAGGCUAGAAAGCAAAGAAUUGCUUUCCCACAAAGAAAGUUCGCUAUCAAGGCUUAA